CGAAGGUUUAUAAAAGCAGCUUUUUGACCACUAAACAUUCUGGAGGAUCGACAUAUAUAGAAAAAACCUUCUAUUUUCAAACGUGUAAAGUCCUCUUUUCACAGCGAUCAUAGCCUUUUUCUUCAGCUCUGAAGCUAUCAUAAACCGGUGUAGAGACAACAUCGCUUGGAGCCGUUCAUUCAUUCUACGAACACACGCUAAUAUUCUUUGUUAAUUACAAGGCAAUAUUAUAAAAAUGGAAUGUAAACUCUUGCCAUUUCUAGACCAGAAGCCUGAGACAUACUCCCCCAAAUAACCAGUGUGCUUCAUGAGAGCACCGUUGGAUUAAUCAAAACACAAACAAAUUGAAAUUCUUCUGACAGAUUGCGGAUUCUUCCGUAUCCACCUAAAAAGGCAGCAAACCAAAGGAAUAAGAGAUUUUUUUUGUGCAUGCCUGCAUCGCUACUCUAAUAACCUUUUUACCCAGCUGGCGAUUACAUUUAGUAAUAAACUGUUAUAGUAAUUUAAAAAGGUAAAAAAUGGGACCAGCAAUGGAGGCAGCCGAUAUAGCCGUUGUUGGACUUUAUUUUGUCCUUGUGUUUGUAAUUGGUCUCCUUGCCAUGCGGAAAUCCAACCGUAGUACUGUCAGCGGCUACUUCCUGGCUGGUCGAACUAUGAAUUGGGUAAUGAUAGGGGCCUCACUGUUUGUCAGCAACAUUGGUAGCGAGCAUUUCAUUGGCCUCGCUGGUUCUGGUGCAGCAAGUGGUUACGCAGUGGGCGCCUGGGAGUUCAAUGCCCUUCUGCUUCUGCAGCUGCUAGGCUGGGUGUUCAUCCCGGUCUACAUCCACUCUGGAGUUUACACCAUGCCAGAGUACCUUGCAAAGCGUUAUGGGGGCAGGCGGCUGAAGGUUUAUUUUGCAGCCCUUUCCCUUUUGCUGUACAUCUUCACUAAACUCUCUGUGGACUUGUAUGCAGGAGCUCUCUUCAUUCAGGAGUCUCUUGGCUGGAACCUUUAUCUGUCAAUAAUCUUGCUCAUUGCCAUAACUGCCUUGCUGACUGUGACUGGCGGAUUGGUGGCAGUGAUCUACACGGACACUCUACAGGCCAUGCUCAUGAUUGGUGGUGCAUUAACCCUUACUGUUCUCAGUCUGAUCAAAGUAGGUGGUUUGGAGGGUGUACGGGAAAAAUACAUGGAGGCAGUCCCAAACGUCACAGCCAUCCUGGCUAACAGCAAUUUCAGCUUCAAAUACACAAACUCCUGCCGAAUCCAUCCCAAGCCAGAUUCACUCAAGCUCCUACGAGGACCUCUUGAUGAGGACAUCCCUUGGCCUGGCUUCCUGUUAGGUCAGACACCUGCAUCCAUUUGGUAUUGGUGUGCUGACCAGGUGAUUGUGCAGAGAGUGUUAGCAGCAAAGAAUAUCGUCCAUGCUAAAGGUGCAACUCUUAUGGCAGGUAUGCUUAAAGUCCUUCCCAUGUUCAUCAUCGUCAUUCCAGGAAUGAUCUCACGAAUAUUGUUUCCAGAUGAGCUUGCGUGCAUUGGACCAGAGCACUGCAUGGCAGUGUGUGGCAGUCAGGCUGGCUGCUCCAACAUUGCCUACCCUCGACUGGUCAUGAGUAUAAUGCCAGUGGGGCUUCGAGGGUUGAUGAUGGCUGUAAUGAUUGCUGCCCUCAUGAGUGACUUGGACUCUGUUUUUAACAGUGCUAGCACCAUUUUCACUUUGGACAUUUAUAAAAUGGUGCGUGCGUGUGCCGCAUCCCAUGAGCUGGUGCUGGUGGGCAGAAUGUUUGUGAUAUUCAUGGUUAUUAUCAGCAUUGCUUGGGUGCCGGUCAUUAUUGAGAUGCAAGGUGGCCAGAUGUACCUCUACAUCCAGGAAAUGGCAGGAUACCUGACACCUCCUAUCGCUGCUCUCUUUCUACUUGGUGUGUUCUGGAAGCGCUGCAAUGAGACAGGAGCUUUUUGGGGUGGCAUGACUGGGUUUGUGCUAGGCACCACACGCCUCCUCCUUGGCUUUAUAUAUCGUGAGCCUAAAUGUGACCAGCCAGAUGAACGUCCAGCUUUCAUCACACAUGUCCACUAUAUGUACAUUGCUACUGGGCUGUUUUGGAUCUCUGGGCUGGUGGCUGUGGUUGUCAGUCUGUGCACACCACCCCCAGAAAAGGAGAAAAUCCAGCGUACUACAAUCUGGGGCUUAUGUAAACUGAAACAGCUUCCUGUGACUGAACGAGAGGAGAUUUUCAAACUCACUAAUAAUGGUCAUGUCCACUUCAAUGGCAGCGGCAAUGGUAUCCUUCAAAAAGAUGUGCCUGAGGAUGUCCAGAAAGAUAGAUGUGUUGAUGGGGCUGACAUGAAACUCCUCAUGCCCUCCCCUUGUGACGAAGAUCCCAUGACCCCGAGCACAGAGGCAUCCACACCAAUGGAGCUUUACAGCAAUGGUCAUGCAAAGCUUAUGAAUCCGAAGGUAGGUGACCAAAGCAAGUGUGAUGAAGAGAGUCGCCUGCAGGUAUUUGACUGGAUUUGUGGGCAUAAGGAGCAGAAUUCUUUUGUUGAAACCAAAGUCACUGAAGAGGAUGAAGGAACUAUACGUGAACUGCUUCAUGAACCCCCAAAGUUCAAACUGUUACUUAACUUGGGCCUGGUAUUGGUCUGUUCACUGGGUAUCUUCAUGUUUGUGUACUUCUCCUUGUAGUGUGCUGAUCUUGCAGUAUCAUGACGUUUAAGUGAUGGACAGCACAUGUGUAUCAACUAUUUGUUAUUACAAUCUUGGGUCUGUGAUAUUUACAGUGUGGUUUUUAUAACAUCCUUUUAGGGACUCACUAAACGCUUUUAAUCGUACAAUAUAAGUGAUUUAAGUGAUCUCCUUAGAUAUACAGUAUGUCUUUCCUGCUUCCAAUAUUAAAGCUGUUUUUGUGAUAUGUUGACAACCAAAUGCAUUAUUAAAAUAGUGGCUUUUACAUCGUUUAUGGACAGCCUUGUUAAGAUAAUGUAUUACAUAAUCGUUUUGUAACUGUGCAUUUGUAAUUGUAAGCACUCAGUUAAGACUACCAAAUUUAUAAAACUCGACUUCACUGUAAAUUUGCCACCUUUAUAAUUUAAAUGGAUAUAAAUGUGUUUCUUGUAACCAGCUGUGUCUGUAUGACUACAUUUAACACCUGUUAGUGCAGAAUGGAAUUUGUGAUUUUGUGAGUAAAGGUGGUAAAUUUAUCAUGAUAGUAAAUUUUUAUUAUGAUAUCAGAGUUUUAUAAAAAAUCAUUAACCUAUCACAAAGGUGUUGUGCUGAUGAUUAAACCUGGUACCAUUAACUUGUACAUUCCCAGGUACACUUGAGUAUUUAGGUCCAUGCAUAUUGUAACUAAGUAAUUUUCUGUAUCAUUUGUAAUAAUUUCCAUGUAUUUAGAGCUACUUUCUUUGGUGUGUGAUCAAAAAAAGCCACCAAAAUGCCUUUCAUGCAGGUUGGUAGCCAUAAGCUCAAAAAACAUUGUUUUGUUCCCUUUUUGGGAUUAUUACAUGGUGAAACUGAUUCCCAAGGUUUGUUUGCUACUACAGAAGACUGGUUAUCUGUGGAUGUUACAGACUGACCCUCAGAACGUCCACAGGAAAAACACCAUCUAAAGAACACUGUUAUUAAUGUUGAAAUCUAAAUAUUAUAAGUGGACACAUGUUAUGAUAUCCCAAAACAUGUCAAUUAAGACAGGGAUGUUACAUUUUGAUUGCUGCGCAAAAUAGUAACUUGUUCUUCUAGAAGAAGAGUUUGAUUGUGGCUGAAUUAACAUGCAUUGCCUGUUAUUCUGCUGUUGAAUGUACUGUUUGUUCAGACAAAGGGGAACUUUGGCCUUAGUGAAAUGUGAAUUGGCGUGAGAAGCAACUUAUUUAAGUUUAAAUUUUAAGGUAUUAAUACCUUGACAUCAAAGCACUUAUUUUAGUGAAUAAAGUGACCUAAAGGUGCAACAAUUGAGAUUUUUGGAAACUUUAUUUUUGAGAUUUGUUUGUUAAUUCUGAAGAGUAAUGUGUCCAGAAAGUUAUUAAGAAGAGGUACAACAUUUAUUUUAUAAGCAUAUCAUAAAUGGAGGGCUGAUUCUUGUAAAACAAUGUAUUAAAAUCAUGUUUUAUAAUGAUAAUCUCAAUACUGGAUAAAGAGGUUAAGAAAAGGUUCAAUAGAGAUUAUUUGCUCAUUGUUUUAUUUAUUUAUUUAUUUACCCAAACUGAAUGACUUUGGACUCGUUGUAUGUUUAUUAGCAUUCUCAUCUUUGCAGUUACCAGUUUAUUUAAUUUGUUCAUAUCAUAUAUAUAUAUAUAUUUUUUUUUUUUUUUUACUUGGGAAAUUGCUGAUCACUGAAUCGAGACAUUGGACAAUCUUACAGUUAAGGAGGACAUAUUGCUUAAACUAAGAAAUUAACUUACCUUCUAAAUGUAGGAUUACAAAAUGUGGGGACUGCUGUGAUUAUCUAGACAUACAGUAAUCAAAUUAGAAUAACUUUGAGUUAUUACAAUUUGUAAGUAUUGUUAAAUAUUCUUCUUGUAUUGCUUGCAGGUCUAAUGAUCCAAAAAAAAACUGCUUUUUUAAACACAUUGAUUUUAGAAAAUGAUUUGUUGAUUUUUCUGGCAAUGCUUUAAUGGAACUUGGGGUGCGGAAAUGAUUAUUGGUUUUGGAUAAACCACAGAUUUCCAAAUCAAACCGACAGCCCAAAUGUUUUGAAUAUUAACCCAUGCAUUUGUUAUAAGCAUAAAUAAACAAGAUAUUGACCUUUUUUUAGUCAUAUUUUGAAAGCACUGUUAUGUUUUUUGUGCUUUGGUAAUUCAUUUAUUUAAGUAUUAUUUCAUUUAACAUCACUUUUAAGUAACUACAACAAGAGGAGAUUACUCUGGGUACAUGUGUUUUUCUUUGUUGCUAACUAUACAGCUCUUGUUUUACAUUUGAAUUGAAUGGUGUAUAGAUUCCAAAUAUUUUUAUUGUGUGAUAUAUCCUGUUUAGAGUGUGUGCAUUUCUGAAGAUUCCUCGUGUUGCUGAAUCCUGUCUGAUUUAUUAAUUCAUGGUGGUGACUUCCAUGAGCUUAGGGAAGAGGCAUAUGGAGUUUAUUGAAUUGAAUCUCUGAUCUUAUCAGAAAUAUGCAACUGCUUUGUACAUAUUUGCUACUUUUAUUAUAAAAAGUCGCAAAUAAAUAAAUUGAUAUUCUUUGGAGAAGGAUAAACUGUGUGAGCUUGUUUAUUUAACUUGUAUUAAGAAAAUUUCAUGUGUUUUUCUCAGCAAGUUAAAGGGUUGUUUACUGAAUGCAUAGAUCUUGUAUGAAAUUAUUUACUUGCACAUUAACAUGUAAUUGCUAUUUUGAAUUGCUUAAGGUCAUAUUCAAAACAGUUUAACACACUUGUUUAUUCAACUUCAUGAUUAUAUCCGGGAUGUUUUUUUUUUUUUUUAUAGUGAAUCAUCCGGUCUUGUCAUAGUAAUGUAUAACAUUUAUCAUGUUGCUGUCAGAGUGUCAUCAAAAUACUGCAUAUGAAAAUAAUUUAAUUCUGUUGUGUUGUCUUAAAUAAAAA